GCUCGCGGCUCGCUCGGCGGUGCAAGAUGGCGGACAUCUCCCUGGACGAGCUCAUCCGGAAGCGAGGGGCUGCGGCGAAGGGGCGAUGAGGAGCUGGAGGCGGAGUGACUUGCCCGAAGCCACGGAGAGCUGAGAUCGGUGCCGAGUGCACUUUAUGAGCUGGCUGAGUUGGCCUCAGGCUUGGGCAGAAAACAGGCUCAAUACCAGACCAGGAGUUGGAGGUGUCCGAUCUCGUGUUGGGAUCCAACAGAGCCUUCUCGGCCAGCCAGCGCGCACAGCCACCUUCCAGCAGAGGUUUGAUGCUCGGCAGAAGAUUGGCCUCUCAGAUGCCCGGCUCAAGCUGGGAGUCAAGGAUGCUCGGGAAAAGCUUUUGCAGAAAGAUGCCCGGUUCCGGAUCAAAGGGAAAGUGCAGGAUGCCAGAGAGAUGCUGAAUUCCCGCAAGCAGCAGAGCACGGUGCCCCAGAAGCCCCACCAGGUGGCUGAUGCCAGGGAGAAGAUCAGCUUGAAGCGGAAUUCCCCUGCUGCCUUCCUGAGCCCGCCCACUGGGACAGUGACCCCUGCUCUGAAGCUCACGAAAACCAUCCAGGUUCCACAGCAGAAGGCCGUGGCGCCAACUCAUGCCCAUCCUGCUGGAAUGAGGAUCAACGUCGUCAAUAACCACCAGGCCAAACAGAAUUUAUAUGACCUGGAUGAAGACGAUGAUGUUAUAGCUCCCAUUCCUAGUAAACAGAUGAAAUUUGCAGCCUCAGGCAGCUUUCUCCACCACGUGGGUGGGGUGAGCAGUUCCAAGCUUUCCAUGUCCAAGGCCCUUCCUCUCACCAAAGUGGUUCAGAAUGACGCAUACACAGCUCCUGCUCUCCCCUCCUCUGUUCGGACAAAAGCCUGGACCAGCACGUCCCGGACGCUAGCGAGCAGGGAGGAUCCCCCCAAAGAGCUGCCACCUGCGGAGCCUGUCCUCAGCCCUUUGGAAGGCACCAAGAUGACCGUGAAUAACCUGCACCCUCGAGUCACCGAGGAGGACAUUGUUGAGCUCUUUUGUGUUUGUGGAGCCCUGAAGCGAGCUCGGCUGGUCCAUCCUGGGGUAGCAGAGGUGGUCUUUGUGAAGAAGGACGAUGCCAUCACCGCAUAUAAGAAGUAUAACAACCGGUGUCUGGAUGGGCAACCAAUGAAAUGCAACCUGCACAUGAAUGGGAACGUUAUCACCUCAGACCAGCCCAUCCUCCUACGGCUGAGCGACAGCCCCUCAGUAAAAAAGGAGAGUGAGCUGCCUCGCAGGGUGAAUUCUGCCACCUCAUCCAACCCUCCAGCCGAAGUGGACCCUGACACCAUCCUGAAGGCACUUUUCAAGUCCUCAGGGGCCUCUGUGACCACACAGCCCACAGAAUUCAAAAUCAAACUUUGAGCGGGGGAGCGAGACAGCCAGAAGCGGGGGCAGAGGAGGGUGGCUCUGUUUCCCAAAACAAAGAUUGUGACCUAUGGGCCAUUGGACUGGAGGCCCCCGAGCGUGGGAAGGGUCGCCGGGGGUAGAGAGCUUCCUCACUGGA